AUGGCUCAGACGUGGGUAGUUCUGGCUGCACCCCUUCUCUUGCUCGUAAGUCUGGUUGAAGGGCCAGCUUACAACAUGGUGAGUGUGGAGGCUGGUCAUGAGGCUGUGUUGAGUUGCCCUUAUGUCUCCAGGGAGUCUUUGCUAGUGGUGACAUGGAAGAUGAAAUGCAGCACGUGCUGCUUGUUGGCCUAUAGAAGUGAUCACAACAAAACAAGGAAGUUAAACUGCAGUGAGAGGAUGACAUGGAGAUAUUCUCCAAACAGUGACCCUGCUCUUCGUAUCUACCCUGUGAACCUUGGUGAUGAGGGAAAUUACACCUGUGAAAUUGUCAGCAGUGCAGGGAAUUUUCUUUAUUUCUCCCAUCUGACUGUGAUAGUCCCUCCUACAGUGACUCUGACUGUUGACAAGAGCAGGGUGGCUGUCUGUCAAGCAUCUGCUGGAAAGCCAGUUGCUGAAAUCUCCUGGAUCCCUCCAAGUAAUCACAGUGCUGAGGAAGAAGUCAAUCACCCUAACGGAACAGCCACCAGAGUGAGCUAUCUAGGCUGGGUCAACAGCACGCAUCCCACUGUCACCUGCCUGGUUACCCACCCAGCUACAAACCAGACUCUGUCCCUAGACCUGUCAGACACUUCCCCCAAGCUUCACUAUGUCUUGAUAGGAGUAUCUGCAAGUGUUGCUGCUGUCAGUGGUGUGACUUUAUGCUUGAUUUUCAGGUGCAGAGCUCUCCGCUUGGCCCGUAGGUCAGCAGUACCAUUUGCAACUACGAACUUCAGGUCCACACCAUCACUUGAGAAAACAGGAGUGACCGAUCCUCCUGUCUUAUCAGAGAGUAUCUAUCAGAAUUACAAUCCAGGAGAGAUAUAUAUGAACUGUUAA